CUCGUCAAGAAGAGCCCCAAAUUGACCACAACCCGCCAGGCAUGGAGACUACAGACUUGACGCCGCUGCUAGAGCAGCUGGAGGACAACAUCGAUGACCUUGAGGAUGUCCUUGAACCUCUUCUGGGCCAACCACUGUCUGCAACUACCCAAAAAAUGCCCGUGUUGGACAAGGCAAAGCUGCAUGUUCUGAUAACCUACGCUAUUGAAUCCAUGAUUUUUUCCUAUUUGCGACUUCAGGGCGUAAAUGCGAAGGAGCACCCAGUGUUUAAAGAAUUGACCCGAGUUAAACAGUACUUCGAGAAGAUCAAAGCCGUAGAGACUGUUCCUGAGCAACGGACUAUGGCUGUGGACAAGGAAGCUGCUGGACGAUUUAUAAAACAUGGACUGGCUGGAAACGACAAGUAUGACCUAGAGCGGGCGGAAAGAGAGGCGAAGGAGAAAGCCAUGGCACUACUGAAAGCUGCGAAGCUUGCUCGCCAACAAGCAUCUAAAUCCCAAUCCAAACCCCAGUCCCAGCCCCAAGCCCAAGCCCAAUCUCAAGGCACACCCCCCGCGGAACAACAGUCCCAAACAGGAGCUCCUUCUGAGUUGGAGAAGACAGGAGGCGAAAGCGUCCAGAAACUCAAAAAGAUCCCGUCCCUAGGCCAUCUGCCAAAUGCUAAACAAGAAAAAAGAAAGAAAAAUUCACAAGGGCGGAAAGAUCGCAAAGAAGCCAGAAAGAAGCGGAAGUUAGCUUCCAGGCAAGCUAACAACCCAAGUAAUGGUUGAUAUGCAAGACGGAGAUCGUACUGGAAAAUCUGUUUACUGAGGUAUAAAUCGUGGCGUUGGACGCUUUCGAUUCUCCAGUUGGGUUCCGCCAGUAAAUGUACGCGUGUGCCUAAAUGCUGAUCGUAACUUGGCGUUGUCUGCUAUGGAUUAGGAGAUGCGCAGGAACUGGAAUUUAUCACAGCCUCCGAGGGAAUGUGUGUCGGAUAGAUGGCGGUCUGGUUGGUGGACAUUCAUGUUCUUACUCAACGGAAUGUUCUAGCAUCACCAUCCUCUAAUUGUGAGAAUGUGUCUUCCAGCAUAGCGCGUGGGGAGGAUAUGGGCUGUAUCUGGCUGGGAGCUUGAAUGUUGAAGCGCGUCGGACUGUACAGUUAAGAAGCUAGAAAUUUAGAAGUUUAUACCCUACGAAAAACCUACCCUUUUACUUCUCCCGCAUAUCUCUUUUCCUCCUCC